AAAUUUGGGUUGGUGAGAAAUUGAGUCGGUGGAACAUUUUUUUUUUUGUUAUUUUAAUUAAUUUUCUCGUUUACAGAAAAAUCGAAUUUCUCUACAAUCCUUACGCACAUUCUCUCAUCAUCAGCUAUCUGUCACCACAGGAUUACAAAAGAAAUGGUUUCUUCGCUUAACGUCAUCGACGUGUCACAAGUUACCCCUUCUGACUCCUCCGAGUCACUCACUCUCCCGCUCACUUUCUUUGACUUAAUCUGGUACAAAUUCCACCCCGUCGAACGAGUCAUCUUCUACCGACUCACGGACGCAACUCGCACUUUCUUCGACUCAGUCAUCGUCCCCAAUCUCAAGUCCUCACUUUCCUCAUCCCUCUCUCACUACCUCCCACUCGCUGGAAAACUCGUCUGGGACUCACUCGACAAAACACCUAACCUUGUCUACUCCUCAAACGACGCCGUUUCGUUCACCAUAGCCGAGUCAAAAGCCGAUUUCUCACUCUUAACCGGAAACAAACCGUUCCCCACAACCGAGUUGUACCCAUUGGUCCCCAAGUUACAAACCUCCGACGAAUCAGCCUCUGCUGUGUCGUUUCAAGUCACGCUUUUCCCCGACCAAGGAUUUUGCGUCGGCGUAGCUGCACACCACGGCGUUUUAGAUGGAAAAACGGCAACAAUGUUUCUCAAAUCAUGGGCCCACACAUGCAAACUCCAACAGGACCAAACGGUAAACCCUUCCUCACCGCAGGAUCUAAUCCCGAUAUACGAUCGCACGGUCAUUAAAGAUCCGAACGAUAUCGAAACGGAGGUUAUGAGUCACUGGAAGUCUAGACUCGGCAACGUGAAGAGCUUAAAGAUUCUUCCGUCGCAGGAGAUUAGUCCCGACAUCGUCCGAUUCACUCUCGAUCUCACUCGUGAAGAUAUCCAGACGCUUCGAGAGCGACUCAAGAGAGAAUCGUCACCUAAAGAGCUUCGAUUGUCGACGUUUGUGGUUACGUUCUCGUACGCGCUGACGUGUUUGAUAAGAGCUCGGGGCGGAGAUCCGAAGAGACCAGUCGGGUACGUGUUCUCGGUGGACUGUCGAAGCCUUCUCGAUCCGCCGAUCCCGUCGAAUUAUUUCGGGAACUGCCUUACGCCGUCGUUUAAUAUGAAGUUAACGGCGGAGACGUUUAUGGGUGAGGAAGGGUUCUUAAAUGCGGCGAGAAUGGUUAGCGAUUCGGUUGAGGAGUUGGAUGAAACGGUGGCGUUUAAGAUUCCGGAGAUUUAUGCAGCGUAUUCUAGUCUUAAACCAGGAGCGCAGCUUGUUUCUGCUUCCGGGUCGACCCGAUUUGGAGUUUACGGGUUAGAUUUCGGGUGGGGUAAACCGGUGAGGGUUGCGAUUGUGUCUAUCGAUCAAGGGGAAGGGGUGUCUAUGGCGGAAGGUAGAGAUGGGACUGGUGGUGCGGAAAUUGGCUUCUCUCUCAAGAAACACGAAAUGGAGAAAUUGAUUGAUUUGCUUCAUGAGGGAUUAAAAAGCUAAAUCAAUUUUCCUUUUAAUUUUUGUUUACAAUUAUUUUCCUUUUCAGAAAGGAAUUGAAUAAUAAUUCUCUAACAGCUAAACUGAAACUGAGUUCGUGUUUCAGUAAUAACAGUUGUGAUCAAUUCUAAGGGUUUCAGCUUAUUGGAGGAAA